AUGGGCUCUUCAGACCAUUUAAUUGUUGCAGAAACACAUAGUGGAGCAGAAUUUGAAACUGAAUAUUCUAUACAAUCAAUUACAUUACCUUCUGAAUUUGAUGAUGACCAAAAAAGUAGGUAUACAGUCAAAACUGAUCAAAUUCAAAGUUUGAAUAAUGAAUUAAGUAGCUCUUUGGAUGAGAAUAACGAUAAGAUGGAUUCUGAACUAGUAGCUUCCAUGGAGAAAUUAUUCAAAAAAAAACGUUUUAGGUAUAAGAUUACUGCAAAAUUGAGAGCUUUACUAUCUUCAAAAAAAUCCAGAAAAAAAUUCAAUUUGAGUCACAGAAAAAGUUCUCAGGAUUUCGAAUAUAAUUUGGCUUUUCAAUCAAAACCCACUUCUUCCUCUUUAUCUUCGAAAUAUUUUUCAUUUUUAAGAAAACUUUCGAAAAAUAACCGUUUUAAUGAUAAAACAAAUUCAAAAAAAUUAAGAACCAUUGAGAGGUCAAUUGAAGAAUUUGAGAAAUCGGAUUCAAGAACUUCAAGGAAAUUGAAUUUUAGGUCAACUUUACUUAAUAAUAUUUGCAUUUCAGAGAAUGUAGAUAUCCAAAUAAUGGAAAGUUUUAAGACAACUUACAACUUUAACGAGGUCAUCUCUGCAGGGCAGAACUUUAAGAGAAUACUUGAAAUUCUUCCAACAAAACCAAAACUUACUGAAAAUUCAUGUACAAAAAGUGAAAAUUUUGAUUUAUUAAGUAUUGAAAAGCCAAUAAAUACUCCAAAUAUCUCCAGUGAUGAUAAUAGUAAUAUUAAUGCAAAUAAUCAUAUUAAUAUUAAUAGUAUAAAUGCCUUGUUAAAGAAGAGAAGAUCAAUAUUAGCCAAGCCGGGGAAAUUUGAUGAGUAUUUGAAAUUGAAAUUUGAAGAACUUGAGAAAACGCGAAAGAUCUUAAACAAUUUUCUUAAGAAUUCUGAAGAAAACCAUGGCUCUUUACAAAAUUAUCAAUUAAAAUUUGCCAAUACAAAUCAAAGAUUACGUAUGUAUAUUCAGCUUGCCAACAAGUUAAGUGAAGUCAGUUUUGAAUGUUUAAUAAGCACCCCAAGUGAAUUAAUGUGUCAACUGGUUUAUAAUAAAGAUGGUGUACGUGUCUGGAAGAAAGAACAUAAAUCUGGAAGGGUUUUACUUAGAACAGAAUUUAUUGUACCAGUUGCGCCUCUUGAUUAUGUUGAAUAUUCAACGGAUAGUAAUAAUAGAAGAGUUUAUGACAAUAAUACUGUAGAUCUCAAAGUUGUUGAAAAUGUUUCGCCAGGAUUGGAUGUUAUGUACGUUGCAACUAAAAGAAUAGCCACAGUAUACCCACGUGAUAUCGUCAACAUUCGGUUUUUACAUGGAUUUAAUAUAAAAAAUUGCUUCAAAUUUAUGACUUGGGAUGAAUUAAGCAAUUCUUCAACAAGAAUAAACCAAGAGGAUGUGAUUUGUUGUUCUUGCUCUUGUUCAACGGAGCAUCCAGAUGCUCCUGAACGCCCUGGAUAUGUAAGAAUGGACUUAUCAAUUGGUAGUUAUAUGGCAAUCCCAAUAAAAACUCCAUUUGGCAUUUGGAGUAGUAUUUCCAUGUUCAAUGAAGCAAGCCCAAAAGGAUGGAUUCCUUCCUCAGUAACUAAAAUGAUCGCUGCAAAAAUGGUUCCAGGCUCGGUUGAAAGCAUUAUUUCAUCGAUGUUAACUUUUUAUAAGUUUCCUUUUAAAAAUAAAGUCAAUCGCCCGUUUUCUGGUUUCUGCUAUAGAGCUUUAUCUACUAUAUAUUUUGAUCAAAAAAAAUUCGAGUUUAGUAAUACUCAAAAAGAUCCAGCUACAAAUAGUAAAGGAAUCAACAAUGGGACGAGUAAUUUGAUUAAUGAUUCCAAAAAUAACAAAUACAAUUUAAGGUUAUCUUGCUUAUUGAAUAAGCCACUUAUGAUGAGUAUCCAAGAUUUUAUUGCUACUUAUAAAUCCAAUUCAUUUCAGGAAUUCAUCGAACAUUUCAAUAGCGUACAAAUAAUUAAUAGAUAUAUAUCAUCUGCUUCAUCUAACAUUUUAUCUUCAAGUAACUCAGAUUCACUUAGCUCAAAUACUGAUAUACCCAACAAUCUUAAAAUAGAGGUUGAACAUUUCAAGCCCAUUGAUUAUAAUAAUACCGAUGUUGUUCGGCAAGUUUAUGAGCAAUGCCCAAAAUUUCCAGUUUACAAUUUUUCACUUGAUAAAUUACCGAAAAUCGCUGAUAUUAGUAGCAGUAAUUCAAUUGAUUUGAAUAAGAUUGUUUUAAGUGCAGAUGAAUCACAAAAUUUGGAUUGUAAUUCAUCUAUUGAAAGGCCAAGUUCUUUUGAAUUUUCCGAAACUACCCAUAUUAUUAAUCAUAAACAAAGCCAAAGCAGGUCAAGUUUUUUUUCAGAAGGUGAUAAUAACUUAACUUUUUGUAGUCAAAAUAUAACCAUUCAGAAAAGAUUUUACAACUUAUUCAUUAAUUCUUGUAAAUUAUAUCAAGACUUCGGUGCUUCUUACCUCACUGAUGUCAGUGAUAUAACAGUCAUUGCACGAUUAUUAUCUUUAGAUUAA